AUGACUGAAUAUUUGUGUGCUACCUGCAAGCAGUUCGCAAAAGACUUUGCUGAGAUUGACAUUGAAGAGUCGAUUCCCCGUCGCACAAUUGCACCAAAUGUCUACAAGCUCAAAGAAUCAGCGCAGAACGGCUGUCCUCUGUGCCAAAUCAUAUAUCAGUCCUUUUCUUACCAAAUUUCAAAAUCUAAUUGGAGUGAGACAUUGGCCAUUCAUCUUUCCGCAUACAAGGUCCUCCGUCAUUACAGACAAGAUACAGCUGAAGGACAAGCACCGUGCAACCAAGAUCCGAAAGAGCCAAAGGUGUGGUGCGGUAUUGGAACAGACAUAGACCGCAGUAGAUGGCACCCUCUGCCACUUGUCACGCAUGAGGAAAAAGAAGCAGGCAUAGGGGAAUGGGACUCGUGCAAUACAAGAUCAAUAGCAGAUUUAUCAUCAGCUGAGGGCGUUGACAAGGCUAUUACGUUGGCCAAAAGGUGGAUACAGAACUGUUCAACGAGCCAUGAAAAAUGUGGCAUGCAGCCUGGGGGUCCAGUCCUGAUCAAGACGAUACCAACAAGACUCAUUCACGUUGGCUCCAAGGAUGGGGCACUUUCUCCAAAGAUAAUAAUCACAAACCCUUCAUCUGAGAUGGAGUAUCUUGCUUUGAGCUAUGCAUGGGGUUCCGGUCACGAUUUCGCCAAAACGACGGCAACCAAUCUAGUGGACAUGACGAAACAUCUGCCAUGGGAUGAUCUUGCGAAGACUGUACAAGACGCGAUUAUUUUUACGAGAAAGCUCGGAUAUAAGUAUCUAUGGGUGGAUGCUCUGUGCAUAUUACAGAGCGAAGGACCAGAUGACCAGCGGCACAAAGAUGACUGGUCUUACGAGGCGGCGAGGUUCGGACAAUACUACGAAAACGCCACAUUGACGAUCGCUGCAAGUGGUGCCAUAUCAUCCCAACAAGGACUAUUCCUUGAUAGACCUGCGCUCUGCUUCGAUCCGCAACCAGUGACGCUCACGAUCAAUAAGAUCUCUGGUGGCACUACACCCGUUGAAGUUCAGCCAGCGUCCCCUUCAUGGGAGCUAAGUAUUCAGAAUGUUCCUCUUCUUACCAGAGGAUGGGCUAUACAAGAGCGAGUCCUGUCGAAAAGGAUACUCCAUUUUGGCGCCAGCUGUUUACUAUGGGAAUGUCGUGAACUUAAAACUACGGAGGCGAGCCUCAACAGCUCAGACCCCAAAGUCUACGGUUACAGAAAUGAAGAAUUCGUUUCUGUUUUUAGAAACUUGGAGAAUCAGCAGCAAGAUGAGCUUAUAACGCUAUGGUACCAAUUUGUCGAGGUUUAUUCAGGAACGAAUUUUUCCUUUUAUAGAGAUAAGCUCCCCGCGCUGUCAGGUAUCGCCAAGAGAAUCCAAAGUCGCUUUCCACAAGAUUACAUAGCGGGAAUGUGGGAGUCCUCUAUUCCCCAAGGACUACUUUGGAUAGGCUGGGGAGGACAAGAGCCUGAAGCUGACCCAUCGCGUGGCGCAAAUCGACCCUCGUGGUGUUGGGCCUCCCCUAUUCAUCCGAUCACAUUUCUGCCGAUCAUGACCUACUACAAAGAUCAGUAUGUAACGCUUCAGGUGGAGUCCUGGUCGGUUAGGACCAACGGACCUCAGACUUCAGGCCAAAUGCUAGACGGGAGUGUCACUAUUAGUGGUCCCGCCAAGUCAUUCAACCUCUAUGAUCUGAACUUGGACUUUGUUUUUGGUCCCGACGCUUUCGAUAAGGAAGGGAAAACAAUUAAGAGUGAAGCUGUCCAGGGUAUUAGAAAGCCUGAGGAUCGCAUCGCGUAUUUGGAUUAUACGAACUUCUUGGGAAUCAUCAACAGGAGUUACACUUGCAUCUUGGUAGCGAAACUCCUCCCGUCAAUGUGGACUCCCACAGAAAAGAGAGUGAUUGGUGCUGCAAUGAUCUUGGAGGCCACAGAACAUGUUGGAGCUGUUUAUCAGUGUAAACGAAUUGGUGUACUUUGUCUUCCGUUUGAGGAAUACUGGGCCAAUGUUGAGGACAGCAAAACCGUUAAGCUUGUCUAG